AUGAAUAACUCUACAGUGAACUUCACCUCACCUGGAACAUCUACAAACUCCACAAUUCAGUCCUGGGGGCUCAUAGAGAAUCUGGAAAUCUUUGUGUACAGCAUCAAUUUGUUUACUUUUCCUACACACUGCUAUGUUAUAUGGCUCAUCAUUGGAACAGGAAGUGGAGUCGCAUUAGAGUUCUUCAACCUCAAUCUCUCUGUUUGUGAGAUUGGUAUCUGUCUGAAUAGUCUGUUCUUUAUACUGUCAAGGUGGUUUUCAUGUCUUGAAGUAUUAGAUCUGUUUUUAGCAGGAUUUACGUUCACUGGCCGUCCUCUGUUUCAGUGUCUGAUGUGUGUUGAGCGUUACCUGGCAGUGCUUCAUCCUGUAACCUUUCUGAAGUACAAACCUCUCAGAUAUAGAGUGAUCUGCUGCACUGUGGUCUGGAUAAGCACUCUUGGGUCCUGUUUGGUCUGCAUGUACAAUUUAGCCUCAAAAAACAGUCAUGCACAUGCAUGGUUCUUGACAGUGGAGCUUACACUGGUCAUUUCCAUCCAGUUGUUUUGUCUUGUGGCUGUUCUCAGAGCUCUGAAGCAGUCAGGACCAGGAGAGAAAGGGAGAAAAAGAGAGGUGGACAACCCCAUGAAAAGAAGGGCACUUUUUCUUAUUGUAAUAACCACAGUGACCAUGUUUAUCCUAUUUUUUCCAUUUGUAAUCAUAGGAUUAUUUAUCAUUGUGACUGCUGAUGCUUCUCCAACAGUCUGGUUCACUGGUGUGACUUGUUUUAUUCUGGCUGGUUUUGUACAGCCUCUUCUUUAUCUUAACCGCACUGGAAAACUCUCCUUUGUGCCUCAUAAAAUCUGCCAUUGUGAUAUUGUACUAGAUUAA